AACCACACUCGACACAGAAGCGGUACUCAACGAAUCAACAUGGCUUAUCCCACUUACGACCCUAAGACUCACGUUUACAUUGCUAAAAUUGUCGGCAAGGCCGGCGAGGGCAAGAACAUCCUCAAGUACUUGAGCGCUGUUAACGAGCACGCCGUCAAGAACGAGCCCUUUACUCAAUGCUACUACUUUGCCACCGACAACGAGAACCCUGAGUUCGUCUGGGGUUUGGAGCUCUACGGCAGCAAGGACAUCCUCGAGAACAAGCACAAGAAGUCUGACCGCUUCCUGGACUUCGCUGGUUACCUCUCUGGUGCCACUGAGCCCUUGGCCGAGCCUCUUCAACUCAUGAACUACGAGGUUGUCGGUGGUUUCAUCGACAAGUCUGGUGACGGUGCCAACCCCAAGACUGACGACCAGGUCCUCUAUGUCGAAUACACCGCCAAGUCCAACCCUGAGGCUCUGAAGGCCCAACUUAAGGUGGACGACAACGCCGAGACCAGCUUCAUCAUCCACUCCCUCGACAACCCUAACCUCUUUGGCACCAUCACUCGCUACUCCAAGGCUUCCGGUGUCGUUCCCCAACCCCAAGCCGUCACUGACGCUGACGUCAAGGUCCAACGCAUCAGCUACUCUGGUGUCGGCUACUUGACUCAUCCUUAAGCAUUUUGAUCUCGAUCGUUCCUUCAGUUGCCGGUCGGCUGGCUUGUUUCGGCCGCUGACUGGCCGGCACUAACGUUCUCUUAUAUACAUUUACGGUACGUCUUGUGUGUACGUGGUGCAUAUGCACAAUUCCAAGUAUUACAGCACCAUACGAAUAAUGAGUUUGAGUUUUGAAAAUCAACA